AUGUCAAAAAUGCCGUCUUCUGAAAAACUUGUCGCUCACCUCAAGCAAACUUACAAAAGCAUAGAAGAUCCUAUCUGUGAGUUAAUUGCUCCUCAAAUUCCUAACAUUUUUCAUGUUAUUUUCAACUCACUUGAUGAUCUUGCCGAAGUUGCUAAUUCACCAAGUUUUCAGAUCGACGGUACUCUGGCUACUGUAUAUCCACGUACCGAUUGUAGCUUCUUUGAAAAUCUACCACGAACUACUAACAAUGAGAAACUUCGAUUAGCUGUUAUUGCUCAGAAUGGUGGCAAGGAACCUUUAGCAACGUCAUUAUAUAUACAGUAUAAUAAAGAUACUGGUGAUGCAGUUAUUUUGGCAACAAAGUCAGCCAAAACAUGGCUAAUGGAGCAAUCCUUAAUAAUCGAUGAACAAAAUGUACCGAAGAAAAAGGCACUUGCUUAUCGAGUUCUGGUUUCUCCUGUACCUCGUGGUUCUAGCCUUCUCCUUAUCUUUAAUAACCCAUUGUUUGUGAGUCGAUAUACUGCCCAGAACCAUAUCAAUGAUACACUUAUACUGGAACUCGAUAAUAUGGAUAGCUAUAAGGAUAUUUUAUCACGGGAAGUUAUCAAUAUAGGCGAUAAUACAAUGAAAAUUAAACCGUAUGCUAUUGUUAUCGAUCCAGAAACCACAGAAAUUGAUGCUGAAAACUGGUAUGAAACUGAUAUGCUCAAAAUCAAACCUGAUAUAAUGCCAUUGUUAAGUGAUACUCAACAUCCAAUUUUCCAUUAUCAAUGGAGUGCUCAAAAUUGGAUUGAACAAUUUCGAAAACUAGAAUUAUCAGAGCAACGUUCGAAAAGCUAUGAUCUUCAUCGACAUUUAUUACGAGUUACUGUCAUGUUAAACACAAUAGGUGUUCUUCGAAAGCGACGUUAUAUGGUUAAUGACGAAGAAAUUUCAUUAAAACCAGUACGCAUGCAAACCAUUGUUUACGAUCACAAAUCAAAACUAUCCUACGGAACCAAAACUUCAGCUAGUAUUUUAAAAAUACCAUAUGCAUCGACAUCUGUCAAAGUAGUUGACCAAGAUUGUCUUAUUAUUUAUCAGAAAUUAGUAUCGGAAGGACGUCGACCUUUAUUACUAAACAUGGCUAAUCAAACUAAUCCUGGAGGAGGUUAUCGAAAAGGUGACGGUGCACAGGAAGAAAAUCUUUUUCGUCGUUCAAAUUAUUAUCAAAGUCUUGAUGUAGAAAUAGCUGAUGAUGAUGCAUCAGAACGACUGCAUUGCAAUGAUAAAUGUGAGCUCAAACCAAUAUUAAAACGUGAUAGUUUCUAUCCGAUGGAUGAAUUUGGAGCGAUUUACACGACUGACAUUACAGUAUUUCGACAAAUAGAAGCCAAUGGUUAUGCAUUCAUGAGAAGUCCAUUAUACAAUGUUUCUGCUAUUGCGAUGGCUGCUUAUCGAGAACCUAAAUUGAAAAACAACAAAACAUUAGAAAAUAAAUUUGCGAUUACUACAAAAAAAAAGAUUGAAAAUAUUUUUGCUAUUGCAUAUCAUCAUAAGCAUGAUUGUCUCGUUUUAUCGGCUUUUGGUUGUGGUGCUUUUAAGAAUCCACCUAGUCAUAUCGCUUCGAUUUUUAAAUCUGUUAUAUAUCAAUAUGCCGGAUUUUUCAAUGCUAUUUACUUUGCUAUUGUUGAUGAUCAUAAUACGGGUAAUAAAAUUAAUCCACAAGGUAAUUUACUUCCAUUUCAAGAAAUAUUGGAUGGUUUAACUGUACCAUCGCCAAUAAAUUUUUGUAUUGAUGCUGCUAUUGGAUCAAAUCGUAUCAUUGACAAAUCAGUUGAUGAACAAUUAACUUUAAAUGAUGUUUGCAUUUUGAGUCUUCCACCCUGUCAUCAUGGUGCCAAAUGUCGUGAUCGUCGAAAUCCUGAGCAUAAAAGUCAAUUUUCACAUCCGCCAAUGUGUCCACUCUCCAAGGCAACUUCUGCUUGUGAACAAUUGAAUGACGAAAUUCAUGCAUUUACAUUUAUACAUAAUAUCAAAUGCAAGUUUGCUGGUGAAUGUAAUAUUAUUGAUCCAAUACAUUCCUUAGAAUUUGAUCAUCCAGAGUUUUGUGAAUAUGGUGGUGAUUGUACAAAUAUGAGUAAGAAACAUUUAUUAGCUUAUCGACACGUUACUAAUUGUCCAGAUGGUAUUAAAUGUUUAAAAUAUCGGAGAAGAGAUAAUGAUCAUAUGAAAUCAUUUCGUCAUUGCAGACCUAUUUGUCUUCACGAUAAUUGUUGUGUCAAUUUUCAUGAUAAAGUACAUUUUGCUAAUGUAAUACAUUCAUUCCGACCACCAUGCCCAUUAACACCAUACAAUUGUCAAAAGUAUAUUGAAUUAGUUCGAAUGAACAAGUCAAAUGAUAUUUCUUCAGAAGUAGAAGAUCAUUGUUUUGAAUUUUCACACGUUUGUCAGUUUGGUCGUCACUGCAGAAUUACGGAAGAAAUACAUUUCGAAACAUCGAUUCAUAUUGCUCGUCAACUUUGUCCUGAUGGUAAUAAGUGUUCAAAACUGUCGAAAGAAGAUCAUUUAGAAUCAUAUUCUCAUCCUGAUAUACGAGAUAUUCGUUUAUUGUGCAAAAUACCAGGUUAUAAAUGUUCGCUUAGGUUUAAUGAUGAACAUUUAAAAAAAUACCGGCAUAACAAAGAUUAUGACCAUUUUAGUAUUGCUCCGUCUAGUAAUCUUAAUUCAUCAAUUAAUUUUGCUCGCAAUCAAAGUCAAUUAAUUAAAACUGUGAAUACCUACAUUGACAGAUCGAACUGGAGCAAAGAGAAAAUUUCGCCCGAAAUAUUCAAGUGGAUACGUGCAUUACAACCUGUACAUCGAUGUCGAAAAGAGAUCUUUGAAUCAAUUCUUGUUUUAGGGCAUGUUAUGAGUCGUCAUUACAUGAAUUUAUUAGAAAAACAAGAAAACGUGGUUAGAGCAGUGCUACAACAUAGUCGAGUGCGUUUGAUACUUCUUAAAUAUAAUAAUCCGGUAGUCAGAGAAAAUGUGGGUAAACUCAUUGAAAUUUUAGUUGAAAUUGAAUUUGCAAAUGCAAACUUACAUGGAAAGCUUUCUGCAAAUCAUGAUUCUGAGCAAAAUAUUUCUACGAUGGAAAAAAAAUUGCAGCCGCCUCUUGAAGGCAAAGACAUUCAAGCUAUUCACGAAUGGACAAUUAAAAUUGCUAAAACAUCGAUUGCUUUAAAUGCUAAUAAAGCAGGAAUCGGAUACGAAGUUGAUCCAAAACUAGGAACAGAUAAGCAUGUGUUCAGUAUCGUAGGACCACAUCUUGGUCAUUAUUAUGGUGAUAUUGUUAUAACGUUUAAACAAGAAAUUAUGUUUCAUCCUGAUGCUAAUUUUACCAUUCAAGCAGGAACCAGUUUUUACAGUGGAAACAUUUACAAACAUCGUCCAUGGAUGAAAGAUCCUGGAAAUGAAGCAAAACGUAUUGAUCAUUUUCAUCAUUCAAAAUUACAUUGUUCUAUUCCUCGUUAUGAAUAUGCAGCAGCCAUAGAAUUAAUUGCCUGGGCAGGACUAGAACAUCAAUCAAUGAAUGUCAAUAUUGAAGCUAUUCACGAAAAAUGGAUAAGUGUAGAUUCUCAUCAAACACUAGAAGGUCAUUUGCCUCAACUCAUUCCAUUGGAUUAUGUUGAUCGUGUCUACAUACCAAAGAAUAUAUUUGAAGAGCUUUCACCUGAAGCACGGCAAUCAGCUAAAGGAGCUUUUAAAGAUUCACUUAUAAUAAGCAUGUAUGACAGUGAUAUGGCUAAAGGAGACCAGACUCCAAAAGAGAUUCUUAACUAUCCUUAUCCAAAAUAUGUGUUUGAACAACUCUGUGAAGCCAUCAAACAGCGCAUGGAUAGACCACAUAUUUCACGAGGUAUAGUGAUUACAGUUGGUGCUUCUGACUUCGAAGAACAUAUUAUUUUACCUGUAAGUAUUUCUCAAGCACACUAUCUAUAUUAUCUUGACAAAUCGCAACCACCAGAUGGCCACGAAUCGAUCUAUAUUUAUUGGCAAGCUACGGACGGUGAUAUGAUGUUGACAUUAACCAAUGAACAGAUUGAGGCAGGUGCAGAACAAUACAAUCUGAAAUGUCUCAUCUGUUAUGUUGCAAAGAAGCCCUCAACAAUGACUGAAAUAUUUCAUGAAGCAUUUACAUAUUUGAAUGAUGGCCUGCCAUACCAACAUGGUAAUAAUGUUAACGCAGUUCAGUUUAAAGCUAAAUCGAAUACAUUCUAUCGUGGUUGUAAUACUGAUGAUUACUUUACUUUUUGUCUAAAACUCAACUACAAAACAGGUCACGUAACACUUUCUCAUGCAGGAUCAAAUAGUAUUUAUAAUCAUGAGAAAAUUGAAUACCAAUUUAAUAAAGCUGAGUUAGACCUAUCCAAAUUAGAUUUUAUUCAUUUAAGUGCUGGAAGUCAAGAUGUUCCUGUAAGAAAUUUAACAAUCAAUUUCGAACCAAUUCCUGAACUACAUCCAUUAUUGGAUACACAAUUCAAACGGGAUACAUCAAGUCUACUUGAACGAUAUCUUGUUGCAUCUUCUCACAAUAAUCCUGCUGCUCCUAGCACUAAUCGAGCAAGAGGAGAACGAUCAUUAGCCAUUAAUCCACGAUCAAGUGUAAAUACAUCAGUUGUCUUACGCCGAGCAAGAGAUGUAUUGUGCUGUCGGAAUUCAAAUGCAGUAGAACCAACGGCAUUAGAUGAUGCACGUCCAACAUUAAAACCUUGUAAAGAUUCCGUAUAUUGUUUACAACAAAACUCAUCGAAACAUACUAAACAAUUUUCUCAUCCUUGUCCUUUUUCUGAAUUAUGUACAAGAAAAGCCAAAGAGCCACAUCUUACGCAUGAACGUCAUAAUGUUCUGAAAUGUGCAAACGAUAAAAAUUGUUCAAACAAAAGUGAUCCUGUUCAUCGUGCGAAUUAUCGUCACACAAAUCUCCCUGAUUAUCUUAUUCCAUGUCGUAGACAGAGUAAUUGUCCAGAUAGAUCAUUGAAACAUCGAGAAAAAUAUUUUCACGGUGAAACCUUGCCUUUAAUCAUAAAGAAAUAA